AUGGUUAUUACGAUACGGCUCACGUACGGUACAGACGAGAAACGUCAGACAAUACUGCUGCAUCGAGGUUUACCGCAAUCAGCAUUGUCUGAUCGAAUGCUUGGCAAAAUAGUUAAUCGCAAACGUGGAGGUCCUCGAAUUACCAGAAAAAAAACGACAAGAAAAAACAAAUCUGUUGGAAGAGGAACUGAAAAAGCCGAUGACACCUCGACACAUAAAAUCACAGACUAUUUUCCGCUUCGUCGAAGCAAUCGUAAAACGGAAAAACAGCUUGAACAGGAAGAGCGUGACGCAAUGGCAAAUGCUAUUUUGACAGGUAGUAAUGAGAAAUUCCUAGAAAUUUUCGAGUGCGAAGAAAAAGGCCGUGGUAUUCGUACCUUGCGAAAUUUUCAAAAAAAUGAAUUUGUGGUCGAGUACAAAGGUGAAAUAAUAGAUAUGAGGCUGGCAAGGAAUCGCGAACGAGAAUAUGCUAAAGAUAAUAGCAUUGGCUCAUUUAUGUAUUUUUUCAAAUAUCAAAAUAAGCAAUAUUGUGUUGAUGCUACAGAUGAAACACCCUAUAAAGGGCGUUUGAUAAAUCAUUCCGUGGUUAGGCCGAAUCUCAAAACAAAAGUUAUCGAGUUGAAUGGAUCGAAACACUUAAUAUUAAUCGCUAAACGCGACAUCGAUAUUGGUGAAGAACUGCUCUAUGAUUAUGGGGACCGAACACCAUGUACUGUCGCAGAAAAUCCAUGAGUAGCAUUAAAGAAAGCAAUUGUUGGAAUGAGAGAAGCGUUGAAACCGUUUAACACUGAACUGAAGAUAGAAUAUUGUUAUCCACCUUUAACGAACAGUGAAGGAGACCUUCCGGCGGCGUGGCAGAAUUUGCCUUCACUUGCACUUCCUGAUGGUGCUCAUAACGUCGACCAUGACGUAAUAUAUUUUCUUUUACCAUCGUUAGAUGAUCCAAACCGAUCAGUCUUUGGAAUUUCCUGUUAUCGUCAAAUUUCUGCAAAGUCAAGUUUAAAAUUCUUAUAUUUCGAGGAUCUUCUAAACAAAUCAACCGAUGUCACCCGAAGUAGUGUGCAGAAGAGUGUUUGCGUCCUGUCUCGAAUACCACUUUUUGGUGUAUUGACGGCUAAAUUAGAGCUUAUCACAAAAGCUUAUUUUAACGAAAGGGAUUUUGCUAAGGUUGAUGUGCUAUGUCAAAUGUAUGAAAAUCUUUGUGAAAUGUUUCCGGAUGUCGUAACUGAUGAACAAGCUGCAAUUAUGGGGUUGGUUGAAAAAGGUUUAUUUUAUGCAGCUGCAUACAAUCCAAAUUCGCUGAAGUCUUCGGAUGAGAAGAUUGUGUAUAAAGAUGAAAUUGAUUUAAUGGCAUCGGCAACGGAUUGCAAUUUCAAAACACAGCUGUCAAGUGAUAAUAGUGGUGAAAACUGCCCAAAUUUAAAGCGGAAACAAAUAUUGGCUACCGAUUCAUAUGGUUUCCCGCUAAGUAUAUUCACUAAAGGUUCAUUAUUUCACCCUUACCUAAGUAUAUGCCAUUUGGAUAUGAUUCGUUCCGAUAAGACACGAGCUUACUGCAUCGGUGCAACAAAUACUUUAUUUGUUCAACGUCGUGAUUUGCUGGAUGUUAUAGUUGAUGAAGCAGGUGAUGGGAGUAUCGACAUUGUAGACAUUGAGUUAAAACGAUCGUUGAUAUUAACAGCUGCAGAUUUACGUUUUGUCGAUUUUAUAUUGAAAGAGAUGGAAGCAAAUGCUAAGUCGCCAAGUUGGGAAGGUAGUGAUGACUGGAUACGAUUGCAGAUGCAGGCGUAUUUGUUAUCACUCGUAGCUACUGUUCGUGCCGAUUUGAAAGAUUCACUGGAUGAUUUCAAUGAAGCGUUCAUAGCUCAAUGGAAAAUGAGCAAUAAUUAUCGCAUUUGGUCCUGUGGUGAUUAUCCUGAUUUGGCAGCUAGCAUUCCGGGACAUCCGUUUGCUGGUGGUCUCGGUAUAUCGGACGUAUUGCUACGUAUGGAACAUUCAGUUGGUGGUACAGGAAGUGGUCGUCGUGUAGCGUCGGCUGUUGUUAAUACCAGUAAAUAUUUUGCAGAUACAGGCAACAAAAUGAAGACAAGUAUUGCGUCAUGGUUAAAGGGAACAAGACAAACAGAAUAA